AUGGAUGUGGAUGUUCAUGAUGAAGCCAGCCUUAAAAAUAAAGAUGAUGACCGACUUAGUUUUUCAUUAUCGGAAGAAGAAGCUGACGAUACGACAGAUUCAUUAGAUAUUAAACCACCUCAAGCUAUUUCACAUAGGAAACCAAGGCAUAAAAAAGAUAAAUUUUCAUAUAGAGAUUCCAAAAGAUCGCAUAGUCACAAAGAAAUAUCUCAUCGUAAAUCUCAUCAUCUUAGUAGUAGUGAAAAAAAAAAACAACAUAAAAGUAGCGAUAGAGGAUAUAGAGAUAGAGAAAGCUUGCAUUCUAAAGAAAAAGAUUAUAGAGAGAAACGACUUAGUCAUAGAGAAAGAAGGUCUCAAAGGGAAAGAAGUGAUCAUGAAUACCUCAGGGAAUCUAGAUUGACAAAAGAACAAUUUUACAGAGUUGAAAAUAAAUCUCAAGAUAAAAUAAAUACAGAAAAAAUUUCAAUUAGGGAAUUAUCAAUUGAGGAUCCGUUAAGGGCUGACCAAAUAUUACAAGAUUUACGUGGCAAACUUUUAGUUAAAAGAAACAUAAGGGAGGGAAAAGCAUUUAGUUCAGAUAAAUAUGAUGAACCUGAAAAAAAAGUGGCAAGAAAAGAGAGAGAAGAUGGUAGUCCGUUUAAUGAAACAGCUAAAGAAAAAGCUGAAAGGUUGGAGAAAGAGGGAAGAAAAGCUAAAUUAUUAGAAGCAGAAAGGGAAAUGGCUAAAAGAAAAGAGGUUUCUAGAAGAGAAUUAGAAGCUAGAAGAGAGAGGCAAAAUAUUGAAAAAGAAAAGGAUAGAAUGUUAAAAGAAAUUGUAAAAAAGCACCAAUUAGAUCAAAGAAAAGAUAAAAUUAUCCAUGAUAUUGUUGUUGUUUCUGAUAAUAGUGAAUCUGAAGAAUCCUAUGCUUCAACAAAUUCAACAACUUCAAUGAGGGAAAAUGAUGAAUAUGAAGAAUUUGAAGACGAUGAAGAUGUUGAAGAAGAAGAAGACAAUGAUGAAGAAGUAGAAGGUAGUGAAAAUGAAGAAUCUGAUGAAGAAGAUUUAGAUAGAAGUUUAGAAUCUGCGCCACCAUUGGAAAAGUCACCUUUACAAAGUGAUAUUGAAAUGGAAGAAGACAAGAAAAGUGAAAAUAGUGAUACUGGAAAAAAUAUAUCUGCAGAAGAUAGUGAAAAAGCAAAUAAUGCUGAAAAAAAAUCUAAUUAUGACUCACCGAAAAAAGACAGUCCAGAUGAAAGUGAAGAAGUAUUGCCGCCAUAUUUACCAGCUAUUCAAGGUUGCCGAUCAGUCGAAGAAUUUCAAUGCCUAAAUAGAAUAGAAGAAGGAACCUAUGGAGUCGUGUAUCGCGCCAAAGAUAAAAGAACUGGGGAAGUAAAAUGUUUAAUGCAGCAGUUACUUCGAGCAGUUGCGCAUCUACACGAUAAUUGGAUACUUCAUAGAGAUUUGAAAACUUCCAACUUGUUAUUAAGUCAUAAAGGAGUUCUUAAGGUUGGCGAUUUCGGUCUUGCUAGAGAAUAUGGCUCCCCAUUAAAAAUAUAUACUCCGAUUGUUGUAACACUUUGGUACCGAGCUCCUGAACUGCUUCUACAGUCUAAAGAGUAUACCACAGCAAUAGACAUGUGGUCUGUAGGGUGUAUUUUCGGAGAACUUCUUCAAAUGGAAGCACUCUUUUCCGGAAGGUCAGAUAUGGAUCAACUGAAUAAAAUUUUCAAAGAAUUAGGUACUCCAAACGAAAAAAUUUGGCCCGGAUACAAUAAACUUCCUGCAAUUCAAAAAGUUGCCUUUGCUGAAUAUCCUAUAAAUCAAAUACGGAAUAGAUUUGGGACUAUACUAAGUGAUUUGGGUAUCGACCUAAUUAACAGGUUUUUAACUUACGACCCAGUUCAAAGAAUAACUGCGGAAGAUGCUCUUAAACACAAUUAUUUUAAAGAAGCACCUCUUCCUAUAGACCCAGCAAUGUUUCCAACAUGGCCAGCUAAAAGCGAACAAGGACACAAAAAAGUUAACAAUAGUCCAAAGCCUCCUAGUGGCGGUAAAGAAUAUAAACAAUUGGAAGACACUGAUGAUGAUGUUUCUGCUGGAGGUUUCCACAUGGGAGUAAUCGAACGAAGAGUCAACACCAUAGGCCCUGGAUUUUCACUUAAAUUUUAA